AGCGGGACCGGGCGCGGGGAGCGGAGCCCGCAGCGCCGAGCCCCGGAGCCCCGCCAUGAACAGCAUCAAGAGCGUGCCGGCGCGGGUGCUGAACCGCCGCGGCGGGCACAGCCUGGAGGCGGAGCGGGAGCAGUUCGACAAGAGCCAGGCCAUCAGCAUCAGCAAAGCCAUAAACACACAGGAAGCACCAGUGAAGGAGAAACAUGCCCGCCGGAUCAUCCUGGGCACACACCACGAGAAGGGAGCGUUCACCUUCUGGUCCUACGCCAUCGGGCUGCCCCUGCCCAGCAGCGCCAUCCUCAGCUGGAAGUUCUGCCAUGUCCUGCACAAGGUCCUGCGUGACGGACACCCCAAUGUCCUCCAGGACUGCCAGAGGUACCGCAGCAACAUCCGAGAGACGGGAGACCUGUGGGGCCAUUUGCACGACAGAUAUGGGCAGCUGGUGAGCAUCUACACGCGGCUCCUGCUCACCAAGAUCUCCUUCCAUGUCAAGCACCCUGAGUUCCCCCCGGGCCUGGAAGUGUCGGAUGAGGUGCUGGAAAAGACUGCAGGGACAGAUGUGAACAACAUCUUCCAGCUGACGGUUGAGCUGUUUGACUACCUGGACUGUGAGCUGAAGCUGUCAGAGUCAGUUUUCAGGCAGCUCAACACGUCGAUGGCCGUGUCACAGAUGUCGGCGGUGCAGUGCCGCCUGGCCCCCCUCAUCCAGGUCAUCCAGGACUGCAGCCACCUCUACCACUACUCCGUCAAGUUAAUGUUCAAGCUGCACUCUUGUCUGCCGGCAGACACACUGCAGGGCCACCGGGAUCGCUUCCAUGAGCAGUUCCGCAGCCUCAAAAACUUCUUUAAGAGAGCAUCCGACAUGCUGUAUUUCAAGCGGCUCAUCCAGAUCCCUCGGCUGCCGGAGAGCCCCCCAAACUUCCUGCGGGCAUCCGCACUGGCUGAGCACGUGAAGCCAGUGGUCGUCAUCCCUGAGGAAGCCCCUGAGGAUGACGAACCAGAGAAUCUCAUUGAGAUCAGCACAACUUCCACCACGGAGCCACAGAUCACCUCGGAUCUAUUUGAGCAAACCUUUGGGCCUCCCAAUGGCGUUUGGGAUGACAGGGACGCACAGAUCGAGAGCCUGAAGAAGGAGCUGGACACGCUCCGUGCGGAGAUGGAGAAGAUCAAACUGGAGGCACAGCGAUACAUCACAGAGCUCAAGGCACAGGUGAACAGCCUGGAGGGAGAAGUGGAGGAGCAGCGCAAGCAGAAGCAGAAGGCGCUGGUGGACAACGAGCAGCUGCGGGAUGAGCUGGAGAGGCUGCAGAGGGUGAAGCAGGACAGCGACAGGUCCCAGCGGCUCUGCGCCGAAGCCGAAAAGAAAGCCAAUGCCACCGAGAUCCGCUACACGAAGCUGAAGGAGAAGCACAGUGAGCUCAUCAACACGCACGCCGAGCUCCUGAGGAAGAAUGCUGACACCGCCAAGCAGCUGACAGUCACGCAGCAGAGCCAGGAGGAGGUGGCACGUGUCAAGGAGCAGCUGGCAUUUCAGGUGGAGCAGGUCAAGCGAGAGGCCGAGAUGAAGCUGGAAGACCAGAGUGUGCAGAUGGAGCAGCUGCGGCAGGAGCUGGAUGCCCGUCGGGAUGAGCUGGACCAGGCGCAGCGCUCGCUCAGCCAGGCCAAGCAGGCAGGUGUGGAUCUCAGUGCGCAGGUGGAGGCCCUGCAUGCCGAGAAGGAGGUGCUGAGGCGGUCGGUGAGCGAGAAGGAGUGUGAGCUGCUGUCCACACGUGGCCUCAUCGAGGAGAAGGAGCUGCAGCUGAGCCAGGAGGCGGAUAAGGCCACGAGGGAGAUCCGAGAGCUCCAGGGCAGGCUCCUGGAGAAGAGCAACCAGGAGCAGAACCUGCAGCAGAAGCUGCUGGACGAGCAGUUCAGCAUCCUGCAGGAGACGGUGCGGGAGGCAGAGGACAUCCUCCGUGACGCCGUGGCCAAGCUGGAUGACCCACUGCACAUCCGCUGCACCAGCUCCCCAGAUUACCUGCUGAGCCGGGCGCAGGCGGCGCUGGAGUCCACGGACGCCCUGGAGAACGGGCACGCGCAGUACGUGGCCUCCAUGGCAGAUGCCGCAGGGCUGGUGGGGGCCCUGGCCCUCUUUGCACACCUCACGGCCGACACCAUCGUGAACGGCAGCGCCACGUCCCACCUGGCCCCCACAGACCACGCCGACCGGCUGACGGAGAUGUGCCGGGACUGUGGGCAGCGGAGCCUGGACUACCUGGGCGAGCUGAAGGACAGGCAGAGGCUGGGCCGUGCCGAGCUGGGGGACGUGCGGCGGGCGCUGAGGGGAGUCCUGCAGCUGGCCCAGGAGCUGAGGCCCAAGAGCUUAGACAUCAAGCAAGAAGAGCUGGGGGACAUGGUUGAGAAGGAGAUGGCCUCCACCUCGGAGGCGAUCGAGGAUGCCGUCAGGCGGAUAGAGGAGAUGAUGAGCCAGGCCAGGAAUGAGAGCUCUGGUGUUAAGCUGGAAGUGAACGAGCGGAUUCUGAACUCCUGCACGGAUCUAAUGAAGGCUAUCAGGCUUCUCGUAACAACAUCUACAAACCUACAGAAGGAGAUAGUAGAAAGUGGCCGGGGGGCAGCAACAACUCAGGAAUUUUAUGCCAAGAACUCUCGCUGGACCGAAGGGCUGAUCUCUGCCUCCAAGGCCGUGGGCUGGGGAGCCACACAGCUCGUGUAGGUACCCCCACACUGGGAUGUUCCUCUGGGACACGGCUCCAUGUGCUGCACCCUUGCAGGGCUGGCUCUUGCUUCUCCACCACCCAAUAAUCCAAAGCAUCCCACUGCUGAGCUGUCAUGGAGCACCAUGGCUAAUCCCUUGUGGAACAUCUUUGCUAACUCCUUAUGGAGCCUCAUGUGGCUCAUUGCUAAUUCCAUGCAGAGCAUCAUAGCCUGGGUGGGACCACACGGUCACCCAGUUAGGGAUGCCAGUUCCUCCCUGUUUGCAGAAUAUGAAAUCAAAUAAUCCAUGUCCUGGUUCCUGCUCAGGUGGUUGUGGCUGGGGUGGUUGGGGUAGGGUAUCCUUGUGCAGGAAGUGUGAAGAGUCUUUUGGACAAAGCUUUAAAAAGCUUUAAAAAUCUCAUGGAAACAAAAUCCUCUCUGUCCAAAAUGUCUGGAUCAAGGCUUUGAAUAAUUGCUUUGUAAAUGAGCUUUAAUAAUGGUCGGACUUGAUGAUCUUAGAGGUCUUUUCCAACUUUAAUGAUUCUGUGAUUCUGUAAUUACAGACAAAGCUGCUGGAUCCAGGUCUGGUGCUGAUU